AUGCUCCCAAUCAUGGAAGCAAAACCUUGCAAUGCAUGGAUUAAAACUCACAUGACAGAAGCGGAAAAGCAACAGGCGAGAAGAAAAUUUUAUACACAAACAGGAAUUCCUAAUGUAAUUGGUUGCGUUGAUGGAACCCAUAUUGGAAUUAUUGCGUCCAGCGAAAAUAAGCACCUGUAUUUAAAUCGAAAAGGGUUUUACGGCAUAAAUGCAAUGAUUGCUUGUGACCAUGACAUGUUAAUACGGUUUGUUGACGCACGAUAUGCCGGGUCUACCCACGAUUCGUUUGUGUGGUAUAGCAGCUCUUUAAAGAGGUAUUUGGAAAAUACGUAUCAAAGAGGAGAUCAAAAUUCUGCUUAUUUAGGUGAUUCCGGAUACCCGCUACACGAGUACUUGUUGACACCGUUUCGAAACGCUUUACCAGGAACAAUAGAGGCAACUUUUAACAAAAAACAUUCAAAAGCUAGGAAUGUUGUGGAGAGGACAAUUGGCGUGUUGAAGUGUCGGUUCCGAUGUCUCCUAAAUGAGCGAAAAUUUUGCUACGCUCCUAGUAAAGUGACAAUGAUAGUUAACAUUUGUUAUGCCUUACACAAUAUUUGCAAACAAUACAACGUAAAUGAUCCUGAGGGAAACGAUAGUUUUGUCGAUGUAGUGGUACCAUUGGAACCACCGGAAGAACACUUUAGUGGUUCCGCAGAAGAGCGUCGCUGA